AAGACGCAGCUUCCAACCGAGCAGCUGUUUGUUUCACUCCACGCUUACGAUGGCUGAUGAUACCAAGUUCCUCCUUUUGUUUCUCCUCUUGAAUAGCUCAACAUUAUGUUUUAGUACAAAACAAGAUAUCCAGUGCCUGAAGUCUGUGCAACAAUCAGUGACUGAUCCCAACGGUGUACUCAAAUCCUCUUGGAACUUUGAAAAUAACACCGUUGCUUUCAUAUGCCGGUUUACUGGUGUGGAAUGCUGGCACCCUGACGAGGACAGAGUUCUCUCUCUACGACUCGGGAACCUAGGACUUGAAGGCCCAUUUCCUCGUGGUCUUCAAUAUUGUACGAGCAUGAUGAACCUGGACCUGUCAAAUAACAAUUUCGAAGGACCAAUCCCUGCCAACAUUUCACGGGAGGUGCCGUAUCUGACAUCUCUGGAUCUUUCGUGCAAUAGCUUUUCGGGUUCAAUCCCACAGAAUAUCUCAAAUAUGAUAUAUCUGAAUGUCCUCUCCCUCCAGCAUAACCAAUUCAGAGGUGAAAUUCCACGGCAAUUCAAUCUUCUUACUCGGCUAUCUGAAUUCAAUGUCGCAGAGAACUCGUUAUCAGGGACUAUUCCUUCUUUGCUAGUAGUAAGGUUUUCGGCUUCGAACUUUGCUGGUAACCAAGGGCUUUGUGGUUCACCGUUGGAUGAUUGUCCCCCCUCAAAGAGGAGAUGGAGACCGGUAAGAAUCAGGCUGCACAGGCUCAACGACCAGUCGAGCAUCGGAGCAGCCGUCGGAUUCGUCGUGGGGUUCGUGGUGGCCUUCUACUUCCCGCACUGCUUCGUCUGCUCCGAGAGGCUCCGAGCCUACGUCAUCCGCAUAUGAUUCACUUGUUACUCUGAACCUUUGUCUGGCAUAGCUUCCGGAGGCCAAAUGAGCACUGCCGGCAGUAAAUCUUUUUUAGCUUUGUUCCCUGCAGUAAUGAUUAUCUUAAUUAGCAACUACCGGUGCUUGUUAAUGCAUAUUUCAACUCUUCUAGAAAUAUGCGAGGCAUCAACUGGCCGUGAUUAUUUAUGUACCCUGUCCACAUUUCUGAUGGAACGCAUACAAGGCAGGUCUGGCUAGCCUAUGAAAAUCUGCAC